AAGUGGCAGCAGAAAAACAUUUUGAUUGCUUGUUUUGGAAAAGAGUGUUGUACUUUUUGCGUCAAGCUGUGAGCUUUAUAUCUUAUUUUACCAAUUACAGUUAACAUUCGACAUAAAAUGCCCUGCAUUGUUCCGACCUGUGGCGCCUCCGUGGGAACUUUCAAGUUGUUUCCCCAGAACAUAUCCCUCUCGGGACGUUGGCUUGAAGCGAUCCAGGUAGGAUGUGAGGUCAAAGCGGCUGAUGAUGACGAUUUGAGUCAGAAGGAAAUCUGCCACUGGCAUUUCUCAAAACCGGACGGUGAGGUGUAUCAAGAACCGAAGAUCUUCUUCAAUUGCAAGACGGAGAAAGUGGAAAUCGACAGCUGUAGACUGUGCCUACGGUUCUACCCAAUUUGCGAUAUGGUUUCCAAGGAUGGAAAACUAUCAGGAAUGGACAUUACACUCACCGUUUCCGAAUCGCUAGGUAUUGACUUCCAAUCAAACGAUAUACUGGAGCAGAUUUGCAUUGACUGUCUUGCUCGGUUGGAACUACUGACCUCGAUUCAGAAGGAUUUCAUGGACGCCGAGACCAAGUUUAACAACCUCAUUAGCCUUGCUCGGGAUAAUGCAAAAGAAAUCCGUGAGUCGAUAGAGUUAAAGCCGCCGGUGGAGGUGAUCAUGCAGGAAGACCAAGAAGAUUUACACACAGAAUCAGACGUCAGCAACGAAUGGACCCCUCCGAAAGAUCUAGUUGAUAUCCUUAUGAAUCAAUCCGGUGAUGAAGCGAGUUCUACUUCUUGUGACGACUCGAAACAACCAGAAUUAUCGCUCAAAGAGAUUAUCGCAAGGAAAUGUUACAUCUGUCCGGUGAUUCUUGAAAGCGCAAACGAGCUGUCCUCUCAUCUGACCGAGAAACAUUCAGACAUGAAAGCCAAUCGUUGUGAGGAAUGCUCGCGCGAUUUUCCCAUGCUGUCUGGAUACAACAAGCACCUGUCUCGCCAUGACCAAACCGAGAGGCCUCACAAAUGCAGCGUCUGUCCGAUGCGUUUCAAAAUAAAGAGAUCCAUGAUGAUGCACGAAAAUACGCAUCAUGGCACGAACCACGAUGUUGUACCGUUCGAGGAAAAAAUCAACCCUGCCAUUUGCGAAACAUGUGGAAAAUCAUUCAUGUACAUGAGCGUGUUGACGCGCCAUGUUCGAAUGAAGCAUAGCGCAUACAAAGAAAAGCCCAAUUGUAAAAUUUGUAGAAAAUCCUUCACGACACACGGUAGCCUCACCAGACACAUGCAGCUACAUACUAACGAAAAGCCUUACAGUUGCGACAAAUGUGAUGCCUCCUUCCAGCGUCUACUGCUUCUCAAACACCACGUGCAAAAAGUGCACGAGGGUAAAAAUCCUCACAUUUGUGUCGAAUGCAACCAGGGGUUCAAAUCGUAUGAGGCCUUAUACAGCCACAAGCGUAUAAUCCAUCUGAAGAAGAUAAACUUACGCGGUUUAAAUCCAUCCAAAUUGCAGUACGCUCAGUUUUGCAAGCUUUGCAAUGAGAUAUUUAUGAAAACUUCUGAUCUCCAGCAGCAUAUAGAUAUUUCUCACGCUGACUUAUCCUACCCGUACUUCGAAUGUCCACAGUGUCCUCGUAAAUUUGUCAGUAAACAAAGCCUGUAUUGUCAUAAGCCAAUGCACACGGACAGAUGUGCCUGCAAGGAGUGUGGGAAAAAAUUCGGAUCCGCUCAAGCGCUCAGAUAUCACACGGAAAGCAUCCACGAAAAGCGUCAGUUUAACUGCCCGAUAUGCCUUACGAAAACCUACAAAAGUCAAACAGCACUGCAUACGCACAUGACCAUACACACCAAAGGCAAACGGUUCUCGUGUGAAUUUUGUGACAAAACGUUCCAUCGAAAAGAUCAAUUGACGAUUCAUCGAAGAACACACACUGGUGAAAAGCCCUUCGAGUGCCCGAAUUGCUUGAAGCGGUUCGGCGAUGAUGGAACCUUUUCCAAGCACAAGAAGCGCUGUCUGGCAUCGGUUUCCAAGAAAGCUGGUGCCAAUCCUUCAGUGGUGGCACAAGCGGUACUCGAACUCCAGAACCGGAAAUACGGAGGAUACACCAUUCGGUACUCGGAUGGCUCGGUAGCCCAGGGAAAGGUAGGAAUCGGGAUUUUCGGUCCACACCUCGCGGAAUGCCAUAGACUCCCGGAUCAGUGCUCCAUUUUCUCUGCGGAAGCCAUUGCCGCCUUCAUUGCAGCCACCACUCCCGACGACCGACCAAUAGCCAUCUUCACCGACUCCGCUAGUAUGGUAGCCGCACUGGAAUCCGAUACGAGCAAACACCCUUGGAUCCAGGCUAUACAGGAACACGCGCCAAACAACACAGUCUUUGUGUGGAUACCUGGACACUGCGGGGUUCAUGGUAACGUAAAAGCGGACCAACUAGCCAACUCAGGUCGUCGUAUGGCCAAGUACACGCGAAUUGUACCCGGUCCGGACCUCAAAAAAUGGGUAUCAAAAAUCACCAACGAAGGUUGGGCUCGCGAUUGGGCCGCCAGUGAAACCCCUGCCAUCAGAAAAAUUAAAAGAGACAUCUCCAGGGAGACGGACCUUUCCAUAGGAUCUGUGAUCUAUGCCGAAUUCCUCAAACGGUGGAUCACAUUAUCUGCCACUGUCCGAAAUACGAAGCACCAAGAACCCGCUACGACAUCCCGGGAAGCAUCAGCGAUGCCCUUGACUGAUAAGAUGGUUCACUUCUGCAAGCUAUGCCAGCUGCUGCACAAGAGCAUGGACUACAUCGAAUGCGAUGAGUCCAACGUCUGGCUGCUGGAAGCCGUAUUUAAGCUCAAAAUCGUCCCGAUCAACGGUCGGGUGGAACCGAUCUGCCAAAAAUGCAUCACCAAAUACAACAAGGUUAUGAAGCGGAAACGGAAGGCGAACGGUGGAUUCCCGAUUUCGCAGAAUCAAAUUUUCCCCAUCACAACGACGACGGUGACUUCCUCCACGCAGCUUGUCAUAUCCGGUUCGAUGAUGAACGAGGUGGUGCAGAGGCAGCUGCAGGAACAGCCCCAAAUGUCGCUGGCGACGGCUGCACUGCUAAGGGAAGAGGAUUCGUCGACAGAAACGUCGAUGGUAACUGCGAAUAGUUUUCAACUGAAUAUUACUGGGGCAGCAGCUGUAUACCGGACUGCCGGGAAGGACGGCCGAAGUAGUUCGGACGAUGAGAGCUCCGUAGAGAUCAUCAGCGAUGUGGAAGAUGAUGACGACGAUGACGAGGAGGAUGCAGAUGAGGACGGUGAAGAUGAUAGCAGUGAUAGCAGCGAUUGCUGUAGCGAUGACUCCGAUGGAAGCAGUUAUAGCUACAGUUCAAGUAGUAGCAGUAGCAGUUCUUCAGUUACGCAGGGCAGUUUGGCUGGAUUUGAGCAAGAUUUGCCAAAAGUUGACGAAAUUGAAUCACUGCGUUCGUCCGUGGAACACGAUGAAGCGGAUGUACCCGAGCAGCUUGAUACGGCCAUUGAAGCGAACGAAGUCAUGCCGGUCAAGCAGGAAGCAUCCGAUGUAUUGGUGGAGAAAACUACGAAAAAAAGGAGUAAAGAGGCGGGUCCAACGCAGCACGUUUGUGAAGUGUGCGAGAAGACAUUCACGAAACAGAUCUACUUGAAGGUUCACAUGCGUACCCAUACGGGGGAGAAACCGUUUGCAUGUGACAUUUGCUUCAAAAGUUUCACCCAAGCAUCAAGCUUAAAUACGCAUAAACGUUUGCACUCGAAUAUUAAGCCGUUUGUUUGUAAGGUUUGUGGAGCGGAGUAUACGAGCUCUGGAAACUAUAGGGUACACCUAAGGACGCACACCUUGGAAAAACCGUACAACUGUAGUUACUGCGAUAAGAGUUUCAAUCAGCUUACCUCGAAGAAACUGCACGAAAGGGUCCACAACAAUGAGAAGCCUUAUGUUUGUCAGGUAUGCCUGAAAGCGUUCACCAACAUAAGCAAUUUGCAUGUACAUUCCCGAACGCAUAACAAUCAACGACCGUACUCGUGUGAUCAAUGCGGAAAACGAUUUGCCCAGUCGCAAACGCUGAAGACCCACAUCCUUUCGACUCACACAGCAGAUCGACCGUACAAGUGUGAUGUCUGCCCUCGAACCUAUGCUACCCAAUCUAACCUACGGAACCACCAAAACAGUCAUCUCAAGGAAAAACCAUUUAUCUGCAACGAAUGUGACCGUCGUUUCACGCAGAAAAGCACUCUAAAGACACAUCUGCUUUCCCAUCGCAAGGAGAAGGACUUCAAAUGCGUUGAAUGUGAUAAAUGCUUUUCCACUCAAGGCGUUCUGAACACUCACUGGAAGCAGGUCCACAACAAGUCAGGAGCAUUCGACUGUAGCGAUUGCGGGCGGGUGUUCAAAGUUAGAGCUCGAUUUGUUACCCAUGUGCGUACGGUUCACCAGAAGGAACUCGUCGAAGUGCCAAAACAGGAGGAAACGACCUGCAGCAGCUUCAUUGGGCAGCUUGCCGAGGAAUCAAUGUCACUGGAUUUCGGCGACAUCCCAUCGGAUUUAGUUCCUGAGCUUCAUUUUGACUAGUGUUUAUUACCAUAUAGAACGCAAGGCCAAUAUGCUGAAGCAUUU